AUGGCUGAAGAAAAAACAUUUCGCUAUGGACUUAUUGUCCUGGGAUUCUUUCUGGUCAUGAUCGGCAUGUUCAUAAUGAGUGUGGAGAAACCCCAAAUCUAUAUUACCUUCUGCACCCUGGGAGUUUUGGUCAUUGCUGUGGGCAUCAUAUGGAGCAUGUGCCAGUGUUAUCCAAAGAUCAGAGUUGUUUCCAUUGACUCGGAGUCCGAGAAGUUUCUUAUAAAGAACUCUGAGUCUGAAAAGUUCCUUGUGAAGAAGUUGGCUGCCUCAUCAUCAAUUGAAAAUAAGAUUCCUGAGAAGAAAAGUUUGCAAACGCAAUACACAAGCCAGAAAGAAGCUGACAUAUAUGAGAAAAGCCUGCCGACUUAUGAACAGAUCCAGACAAACAGUUCUGCAGAAUGCUUGGGAACUUUGCCGGUCCCAGUGCCACUGGGCAGGACAGGAAGACAUCUCCAACCUUAUGUACAUGCCAAAGCAGAGGUACACAGGGCCUCAGAGAGUAAUGGGAGCCCUAACAGAGAUGCCACAACAGGACUGAACUGCCCAUCUAAGAGGUUUCCAAAGGCUGCACCAUUAGCAUCUCUUCAAGAGGAAGUGGACACUUCUUCCCUGGACUCCACUUCCAACAGCCCAUUUUUACAGAGAUGGAAAGAUGCCCCAAAUCCCGUGCCUCUAACAGGAAGCCAGCUCCAAUUCAAACUUCCUUCUUAUGAAGAUUUUGCCUUGAUUGAUUCCCUGGCAGUAGAAGGUCAGGGGCAAAGCAAUGAAAAUACCGUGGCCCCAAGCCAGAGCCAUUGCUCUCUUCCUCCUAUAGCAGGGGAUGGCAUUGUGGCAACAGCAGGUCAUGGUCAUCUGGAAUGCAGCAGAGCCUUACAGCAGGCAGAAGAGGAUGAUUUAUACUAUGGGAUCCAAGAGGAUCCAAGGGACACCUUUCCUUCUGUGGUUGCUGUUGCUGAACCAAAGCCAUAA